UUGUGUCUGAUCGGAAAGCCGAUAAUUCCGAUAGCACCAAAAGGUAGCACAUUUCCUGUACACACGAUCAGCCGGUCAGGCGGCAGAAUACGGAACAGCGACACGACCGCUGGCUCAACGGGUAUCUCAAUGGCGGACCCGACAGAACCAGCCCGGGGCAGCGUGGAGGAUGAGAAGAAAGACGUUAUCAACGACGCAGAGCUGGCACUGAAAGGAAUCAAUAUGCUCCUAAACAAUGGAUUCAAGGAGAGCGACGAGCUCUUCCAAUUAUACAGGAACCACAGUCCUUUGAUGAGUUUCGGGGCCAGUUUUGUGAGUUUUCUGAAUGCCAUGAUGACGUUUGAGGACGAGAAAAUGCAGAUGGCCUUUGAGGACCUCAAAGCCACAGAGAAACUGUGUGAGAGUGACAACACUGGUGUCAUUGAAACUAUUAAAAACAAGCUUAAAAGGAGUAUGGACUCUCAGAGGUCUGGGGUGGCAGCAGUGGACCGACUCCAGAGGCAGAUCAUCAUUGCAGACUGCCAGGUUUACCUUGCCGUGCUGUCUUUCAUUAAACAAGAGCUGUCAUCAUACAUCAAAGGAGGCUGGAUCCUCCGUAAAGCGUGGAAGAUGUACAACAAAUGUUACAGCGACAUCACACACCUGCAGGAGGGCUGCAGAAGAAGAGCGUCCGAACAGCCAGCAAUGGCACCUCCAUCUCUGUCCUCCUGUGACACGUCUAACCACAGCCGCUCCUCUUCACCCGGGCCGAGCCCAUCCCUGAAACAAUCUGGCAUCAGCCCGGAGGCUCUGGAUCGGCUUAAAGGUUCGGUCAGCUUUGGGUAUGGCCUCUUCCACCUCUGUAUCUCGAUGGUGCCGCCGCACCUCCUGAAGAUCGUCAACCUGCUGGGCUUCCCAGGCGACCGCCUCCAAGGCCUGUCAGCGCUCACGUACGCCAGUGAAAGUAAGGACAUGAAGGCCCCCUUAGCUACGCUGUCCCUCCUGUGGUACCACACAGUAGUGCAGCCCUUCUUUGCUCUGGAUGGCGCAGACACACAGGCGGGCCUGAUGGAAGCCAAAUCCAUUCUUCAACAAAGGGAGACUAUCUAUCCAAACUCCUCCCUCUUCAUGUUUUUCAAAGGCAGAGUCCAACGCCUCGAGUGCCAGAUCAGUGGUGCCUUGACGUCCUUCUGUAACGCCUUAGAUCUGGCCUCUGGCCAGAGGGAGAUUCAGCACGUGUGUUUGUAUGAAAUAGGUUGGUGCAGCAUGAUCGAACUGAACUACAGAGAGGCCUACAGGGCGUUUGAGCGACUGAAGACGGAGUCUCGCUGGUCCCAGUGCUACUACGCCUAUUUAACUGGAGUGUGCCAAGGAGCCACAGGUGAUCUGGAGGGAGCCGUCACGGUUUUCAAGGAUGUUGAAAGACUUUUCAAACGCAAGAAUAAUCAGAUAGAGUUGUUCUCCAUGAAGAGGGCUGAGAAGCUAAGGACCCCCAGUCUAUCCAAAGAACUCUGCAUCCUGUCUGUGAUUGAGAUUCUUUAUCUGUGGAAAGCUCUGCCUAACUGCUCCACCGCCAAGCUUCAGACAAUGGCACAAGUCCUACAAGGGAUUGACGAUGCCUCAUGUGCAGGCCUGAAGAACCUGCUUCUUGGUGCCAUAAAUAGAUGUCUUCAUAACACCAAAGAUGCCAUUCAGUUUUUCCAUCUGGCUGCCAGGGAUGAGGUUGGUCGUCUGAGCAACUCGUAUGUGCAGCCCUACUCCUGCUAUGAACUGGGCUGUGUGCUGCUGAACACCCCAGAGUCUGCAGGGAAGGGCAGAGUGCUGAUGCUUCAGGCGAAGGAGGACUAUGCCGGCUAUGACUUUGAGAACAGGCUCCAUGUUCGUAUUCAUUCAGCUUUCGCCUCCAUGAGGGCUGAUGCAGCACGACCUUGACGUUGUAUCGGCACCUCAGAAACAACUGGAAGAAGCGUCUUUAAAAAAAAGGCACAAUACCAUUCGAGUCACUGAAGUUACACUUUCUUUUGUCUUUAUUUAUUUUAUUUUCAUAUUCUGAGCCAAUACAUACUUUUUUAAUGUGUGCAAUAUAUAUAUAUAUA